UUGGGACCUGAGCAGGAGAAGGACAGGCAGCUACCCGGACUCGUCAACACGUUGCACCGACCCGACCCCGGAGACAGGACAGGACAGGGCAGGGACAUGGUUAUCCAGGUCUCUGUGCUGUAUUUUGCCAGGAGUGCUGAAUUGUCAGGAGUUCGUUCAGAGACAAUUUCUGUACCACAGCAACUAACUUCAUUGCAGCUGUGGCAGGAAAUUGUUAAGAGACAUCCAAGGCUUGGUACCAUAAGGGAUCACAUCAUUCUUGCUGUUCGUCAGGAAUACAUCAUCUUGGGAGAUCAGCUUUUGUUCCUCCAGCCAGGCGACGAGAUCGCAGUCAUCCCCCCGAUCAGUGGGGGCUAGCUCCUGGCAUACAUAUGCAGUUACCAUGAGUGAAUUGGAAGAUAAACCAAAGGAUUUGAUAAAAGUGACAUAUGAGAAACUUUCCACAGAUGAAGUUGCAGAAUCAGUGAAAUCUCCAUCUUGUGGAGCAGUG